AUUUUCAAAAAAAUUUAAAAUCUCCACACGCUGUGCCCCAAUCUUCAACCCUAUCAACGUUAGAGAGAGAAAGAGCAAGCGUCGGGAGAUUUGCAUUUCCAUUUUUUUUUUUCAUUGGGAAUUCUUAAAUCAUUUCUUCAAUCUUCUUCUGGGUUUUUUCUUUUCUUAAGGAAAAAAUUGAAUUUCUGUGUCUCAGCUCUUUGAAUCGUCUUCCUUCCUGCUGGUUAAAGCAACGGCUGUGAUAUACCUCGUAGCUUCGAACACAAUCCACGACCCCACCAAACCCAUACAUCCCAUCUCUCUCUCUCUCUCUCUCUCUCUCAAAUGGGUUCCAAGAAGUGAACUAGAAACAGACAAGCACUCGGCACCCGACGCUCCAAACCCCCUUUAAGCCCCUUCUCUAAACUGAGUUGGAAGUGAUAUAUAGUGUUAAUGAGGUGCUGGUAGAUUGUAAGGCGAGGGAUCGAGAAUGGUAGGACCGACGAGCAAUGGGCGAGCCCGGCAAGCUUUUUCUGUUGUCAAUGGCGGGCCGGAUCCUGCUCCUGGGAGUGCCGCUAGUUCCGAUUGCGGCGGCAUUGAGUUCACCAGAGAAGAUGUGGAUGCCCUCUUGAAUGAGAAGAUGAAAGGCAAGAAUAAGUUCAACCUCAAGGAGAAAUGUGAUCAAAUGAUGGACUACAUAAGAAAGCUUAGGCUUUGCAUCAAGUGGUUCCAAGAGCUUGAAGGAAGCUACCUCCUAGAACAGGAAACACUGCGGAAUAUGUUGGAGAUGAAUGAGAGGAAACAAACUGAAACAGAGGCACAAAUGAGAAACAAGGAAGAAGAAUUGAAUUCUAUUAUUGUUGAAUUGAAGAAAAAUUACAUGUCUUCUCAAGAGAAAUUUGCAAAGGAAGAAGCAGACAAGUUUGCUGCAAUGGAUUCACUUGCAAAAGAGAAGGAGGCUAGGGUUGCUGCAGAGAGGCUGCAAGCUUCCCUUUCGGAAGAGCUUGGAAAGGUUCAGCGAGAGCAGCUAAAUGCUAGUCAGAAGAUAUCAUCAUUAAACGACAUGUACAAGCGGUUACAGGAGUACAAUACAAGUUUACAGCAGUACAAUAGUAAACUUCAGUCAGAGCUUGCUACGACGAAUGAGGCCCUCAAACGAGUGGAAAAGGAGAAAGCUGCAGCGGUGGAGAACCUCAGUACUUUGAGGGGUCGCUAUAAUGUGUUGCAGGAUCAACUUACUUCAUCCAGAGCUUUGCAAGUUGAGGCUGUGAAGCAGAAGGAGACUUUAGCGAAUGAAGUUGAAUGUAUUAGGGGUGAGUUGCAACAAGUGAGAGAUGAUCGUGAUGGUCUCCUCUUGCAUGUGGACACUUUAACAGAAGAAAUGGUAAAAUACAAAGAAUGUACUGGAAAAUCCUUUGCUGAGUUGGAUAGCUUGUCUGCAAAAACAAAUGAACUUGAGGCUACAUGUUUGUCUCAAAGUGAACAGAUAAGGACAUUGCAGGAAAAGCUAGUAGUUGCAGAAAAUAAGUUGCGGAUGUCUGACCUAUCUGCAUUGGAGACAAGAGUGGAUUUUGAAGAGCAGAAGAAACUUAAUAAUGAUUUACAAGAUCGUUUGGCAGAUGCAGAACUUAAAAUUAUUGAAGGAGAAAAAUUACGCAAAAAGUUACAUAAUACUAUUCUGGAAUUAAAAGGGAAUAUCCGGGUCUUCUGUAGAGUGCGACCAUUGUUGCCUGAUGACAGUGCUGGUGCUGAAACAAAGGUUAUUUCUUAUCCCACAUCAACAGAAGCUUUUGGACGAGGCAUUGACUUGUUGCAAAAUGGGCAAAAACACUCCUUUACAUUUGACAAAGUGUUUAUGCCUGAUGCAUCGCAAGAUGAGGUGUUUGUGGAAAUCUCACAGCUCGUACAAAGUGCACUUGAUGGUUAUAAGGUUUGUAUCUUUGCUUAUGGCCAGACAGGUUCUGGUAAAACCUAUACCAUGAUGGGCAAGCCAGGACUUCCAGAGCUGAAAGGGUUGAUACCUCGCUCACUAGAGCAGAUAUUUCAAACUAGGCAAUCUCUUCGUUCUCAAGGCUGGAAGUAUGAAAUGCAGGUGUCAAUGUUGGAAAUAUACAAUGAAAUGAUACGUGACUUGUUGUCAACAAAUCGAUCAUGCUCAGAUGUGUCACGGACAGAAAAUGGUGUGUUCGGGAAGCAGUAUACAAUUAAACAUGAUGCAAAUGGGAACACACAUGUAUCUGAUCUUACCAUCGUUGAUGUGCACAGCACAAGAGAGGUUUCUUUUCUUUUGGAUCAGGCUGCGCAGAGCAGGUCUGUGGGAAGGACUCAGAUGAAUGAGCAAUCUUCAAGAAGUCAUUUUGUCUUCACCCUGCGGAUAUCUGGUGUUAAUGAGAGCACGGAACAACAAGUACAGGGCGUUCUGAACCUCAUUGAUCUUGCUGGCAGUGAGCGUUUGUCUAAGAGCGGGUCAACAGGGGAUCGAUUGAAAGAAACACAAGCCAUCAACAAAAGUUUAUCAUCUUUAAGUGAUGUUAUAUUUGCUUUGGCAAAGAAGGAGGACCACGUACCAUUUAGGAACUCAAAGCUUACUUAUCUUCUCCAGCCUUGCCUUGGUGGGGACUCCAAGACCUUGAUGUUUGUAAACGUUUCUCCUGAUCCUUCUUCAUUGGGUGAGUCACUAUGCUCACUCCGCUUUGCAGCCAGGGUUAAUGCUUGUGAGAUUGGGAUUCCUCGGCGUCAAACCAACUCACGACCUUCAGAUAAUCGCCUGAGCUUUGGUUGAUUUUGUUAUUGAACAUUACAUUCAUUUUCUUUUCGAGGCCCCUAAGUGAUUUGUAUCCGCCUCACUAUUAUAAACUGGAAAAAGAGAUAGAUAUUCUAACGUAGGCUGCGUGUAAUUUGUAUAGUUAAGAAAAUGAUGGGUUUGUAAAAGCAAUAGUUGGGUUGUCCUACGGAUCAUUACAUUUGUAUUCAUGAAGUUAUGCUGAGAUGGAUCUAUUUCUAACAUUUCUUUCUAUUUGUCGCUGAGUUUCCUCCUACAAGGAUUUCCUUGUUUGUCACUUUCUUGCCCGUGCCCCAUGGCAUCUUGACCGUGGUAUCACGUAUGUAACAAUGCCCCUUUACUUUAAAGGCAGUGAAAUAAAGAUUAAAUUGCUUUCUUGAGA